AUCACAAAACACCGUACACGUAAAUAAUAACAAGUAUAGUAUACACUAAUAGACUAUACGUCUUGUCUAUGACAACAAUACAGCUUACUAGUAGGUAAAAUUAUUAGCAUGUUUAAGAGUUAAUUAGUAAUUUAUACCAACGUAUGUUUUUAAAAAUUGACAAUUUAUAAGAAAUAAAACAAAAUCAAAGUGAUUGUUGAUUAUUUAAUUUUGCAGCUAUGUCUUCUUUAAAAUAUUUACUGAUGACUUUUGCACUUUUUGUGCCUUCCUUAGCCGUUGAUACAUCCGAGUUAAAAUGUCAAGUAUGUUCUAGUCUUGUUGAGUUGAUACAGCAAAAUGUGAGCUCAGUUAGUCCUACACGUGUCGUACAAGUUUCUAAUUUCCGUUUAGACGACAAUGGUAACCAGCCCAAGCAGAUGGUUCCUUUAUCUCGUUCGCAAGUGUAUCUGUCAGAAGUCAUGGACUCUGUGUGUAAAAAAAUGGCGGAUUAUGUGCGUGCCACAUUCAAGGAAAAUGGUACCCUUAUAGUUAUGCCGUUAAUGGUAGACGGUAAAAUGAAUCCACUUAUGAGCGAAGUUGAUGUAGUGCAAGAUUCAGAUUUAAACAAAAGCCUGGAGUAUUAUUGUGAUGAUAUUGUCGAUGAUAUUGAGGACGAUGUCAUUAAAAUUAUGAAAUCUGAAACCAGUAAAAACGCAGUUUAUGCUAUUUGCAGUGAAGCUGUACAAUUGUGCCCAAUAAAACAAAAUAGACUGGAACUUUGAUGCAACAAACAAGUGUAUUAUUUAUAUUUUUUUAUGAUGUUGUAUACGAUCGUUAUAUAUAUGUUUAGAUAGUUUUUCUUUUUAAUUUUUGUAUGAUGAUAAAUAAUGAUAAUAAUGUAUUCAUUAAUGAAUAAUAAAAUACAUUUUAAUUAAAACUAUUGUUGUAUUUAUCAACAUAAAUUAUCUGUAACUUUUAUUCCUUUAACCAUUAUUGAAAUUAUAUUUUUCAUUAUAACCACACAAAUAUUGUGACAAUUGUCG